AUGUUUUCCUAUGUCUACGAGGCCAACCGCGCACAGGAGCGCAUGAAGGAGGCACUCCACCUUCGGGAAAAGAUUAACGUGUCGCUGCGGCAGGCGACCAAAGCGAAGACGGCCUUCCUUGCCAACAUGAGUCACGAGUUGCGGACGCCGAUGCACGGAAUCAUUGCGAUGGCCAAGGACUUGAUGGAGAUGCCGCUCGAACAAGCCGCGAGCGAAUCGGCGCGCGUGAUCAGCGACUGUGCGGACCACUUGCUGGGCCUCGUCAAUGACAUCCUCGACUUUGCCCGCAUCGAAACCAAUCAGCUGGAGCUGGAAGUGAUUCCGCUGUCGAUGGUGAAGGAAGUGGAAAAAGCUGUGAGUCUCCACGCGGCGAUGGCCAAGAAGAAGCGCUUGAACCUGACUACUGAAAUCACCAUCUCGCAGCCGCUUCGCCUCGGAGACCCGCUGCGCUUUAGGCAAAUAAUCAUCAAUUUAAUCACCAACGCUCUCAAGUUCACGCCCGAGGGAGGUCACGUGAUCGUGUCGGCCUCCUCCAGCAGCGUCGAGCCCGAGAUCAUCUCUGUGAGCGUCAAGGACACGGGGAUCGGGAUCCCAGCUCAGGGCCUGGAGCACAUCUUUGAGUUAGAUGCGAGCGUGGGUCGUAAGUUUGGCGGCUCUGGUCUCGGCCUCGCUAUCAGCAAGAAGCUCUGCCGGGCAAUGGGCGGCGAUAUCAAUGUAGUGAGCGAGGUGGGCCAGGGCUCCGUGUUCACAUUUACUGUGCGCCUGCCGGUCGCCGAUCCGAGCACGCCGACCAUAGCUCACGACGUCGUAGAUUCUGCGUUGGCCGGUUUGCUCGAGGGAAAGAAGGUGCUGGUGGUGGAGGACAACCUGGUCAACCAGAGGGUGGCCACCAAGAUGCUCAAGUCUCUCGGAUGCUCCGUCACUAUGCCCAUCAUGGACGGCUUCCAGGCCACAGCCCGCAUUCGCCACAUCGAACACCACCGCGCCCAAUCCCGGGCCACGAGCAGCGAGUCUCAGCACCACGACCUUCGACGGCGCGACGGCCUCGAGGACAAGGGCAGCGAGGCACAAGGAGAGUCGGCACUGCGAUCAUCGCAGGAGCGGGUGCCGAUCAUCGCGCUCACUGCGUCGGCGACCUACGACUACCAGGCCCAGUGCCUGGAGAAGGGCAUGGACCGGUUCCUCACCAAGCCGCUCAAGAAGGAGACCCUCCAGCGCGUGCUCGCCGACUUCCUCGAGGGCCCUCGCUCUGGCUCCGCCUCGCCCCUCCCAGCGCCGCUCUUCUCGUCCUCCGCCACACCAGCGUCCACGCAACUGCGGCACCGCCGGCGGAUGUCCAUCGUCGAGUAG